AUGCUACCUCGCGUGUGCGUGCCUUAUGCCGAGCUGGUCCGUCUGGACAAGCCUGCCGGCACUUACUACCUCUUCCUGCCAUGCCUCUUCAGCACGUUGCUGGCUGCGCCUGUGGCCUCGCCCGUGCUGCCACCCGCGACGGUCCUGUAUACCGCCGGCCUCUUCUUCGCCGGCGCGGUGAUCAUGCGCGGAGCAGGCUGCACUGUGAACGAUCUUUGGGACCGGAAUCUCGAUCCUCAUGUAGCAAGGACGCGGCUCAGGCCCAUCGCGCGAGGCGCCAUCACCGUUCAACAAGCCAUACCAUAUCUCGCGGUCCAGCUUCUCAGCGGCCUGCUUCUCCUGCUGCAAUUCCCAUCCCAGUGUCUGUUCUAUGCUGUCCCUUCGUUGCUCUUGGUGGCAUCCUACCCUCUAGCCAAGCGAGUGACCAAUUAUCCGCAAGCUGUGCUUGGACUGACCUUCUCGUGGGGCGCCAUCAUGGGCUUUCCGGCUCUUGGCAUCGAUCUGUUGUCCAAUGCUCCAGCUGCCGUCUCCGCAGCCUGCUUGUACGGGAGCUGCGUUGCAUGGACAAUCGUCUACGACAUGAUCUACGCCUACCAAGAUAUCAAAGAUGACGCAAAGGCUGGCAUCAAGAGCAUCGCUCUAGCCCAGCAGGCGAACGCGAAAGCUUUUCUCGGCGCUGUCGGCGGCGUGCAAGUCGCGCUUCUGACUGGAGCGGGCCUGGCAAUAGGUGCAGGCCCUGCUUACUUCCUCGGUACCUGUGGUGGUGCGGCUGCCACUUUGGCAUACAUGAUCUGGAAAGUCAAUCUUGAGAGUGUGAACGACUGCUGGGCUUGGUUCAAGAAAGGCGCCUGGUUUACUGGUGGUGCCAUCUCGUUCGGACUCUCCGUGGAAUAUCUCCUACACUAUCUUGCCAUAUCUGAGACAUACGAGAUCGACGAGACGAAGGCAAUCGAGUAUCCCCAGCCUCAUCUCGAGACAGUGAGCCUCAUUUGUCGGGAGUGA